UGCUUAUCGUUCAUGUAGGAACCAAAUUAUUUAGUUGAAGCGGAACUGGUCUGUGCGUCGUGUUUUUCAUCGGGCACAAUUUGUUGUAUUCAAAGGAGCCAAAUGAAAGCAGCGCAGUUUUUCUUUUUAAAUGCUAAACGUUAACAUUUUAAUGAUUUUAACGCUGUGCUGACAUUUAAACGUGGAGGCAAAAAAGGCCUGUCAAGAUGUUUCGUUCACACUUUUGUGUUUCGCUUGUGUGUUUGCUGUUCUUGACCGCGACAGAAGAAGACGCCGACAUGGUGCUCAUCCCUGCAGGGAAGAUGGUGGUGAAGACCGCCAAUGAGGAAGAGUCCGUCCAACUUGAGUCUUUUUUCUUGGACAAACAUCCUGUCACCAACUCUGCCUUCAGAGCCUUUGUGAGGGAACAGAAGUACAAAACGGAAGCUGAGAAGUUUGGAUGGAGUUUUGUCUUCCAGGAUUUUGUUUCUGAGGCCCUGAAGAGCAAAGUAAUACAGAGGAUUGAGUCAGCUCCAUGGUGGCUUCCUGUUGAGCGAGUCUUUUGGCGACAGCCCUCAGGUCCUGGUUCUGGCAUUGGGGAGCGCCUGGACUUUCCGGUGGUUCAGGUGAGCUGGAAUGAUGCGCAGGCCUUCUGUAGCUGGAAAGGCAAGAGGCUGCCCAGCGAGGAAGAGUGGGAGUGGGCGGCACGCGGGGGGCUGCAAGGGCGGACUUUUCCGUGGGGGAACAAGUACCAGACCAACAGAAGCAACCUGUGGCAGGGGUCCUUCCCAGACGGGGACACGGCAGAGGACGGCUACCACGGCGUGUCGCCCGUCACUGCGUUCCCGCCUCAGAACAACUUUGGUCUCUUGGACAUGAUCGGGAACACGUGGGAGUGGACAUCUAGCGCCUUCCCGGGGGCGCGGCCCAUGUUUGCGCUGCGCGGCGGCUCCUGGAUUGACACGGCGGACGGCUCGGCCAAUCACAGGGCGACAGUCACCACCAGGAUGGGCAACACCCCCGACUCCGCCUCCGAUAACCUGGGCUUCAGGUGCGCCUCCAGUGGUGGGAAAAGGAAGCAGCACAGAGAACUGUAGUACGAUGAUGACAACACUGAGGUUGAUAAUGAGAAGGAUAUUGAGGAUGACAAGGAUGAGGAUGAUGACGACAAGAAAGGAUUAUAAUGGCUAUGACAGUGAGGAUGAGGAUGACAAUGGGCAUGACGAUGAGAAUGAUAAUGGCUUCAAGGAAACUUGAUGACUCAGCUCUGCUGUCACAUGACUUGAACCAAGAAGCACGUCUUUCACACACACACAGCUGCCUGCGAAAGUAUUGGGCCACCACUAGCUUCCGUGUCCUGCAUAAACCAGGAAGUAAUGUUGAACAGUCAAAGGGUUUCCGCUACAUGUAAUUGAUUGUGGCGGCCGGCCACUACAAAAUAAAAGCAGCCACACCUUAAAAAUGAUUUUUUUAAAACUUGAAAACUAUGUUAAGUAAUGCAGUAUAUUGUAUGAGUGGAUAUACUGUAUAUGCUAUGUAGAAUGAUAUAUAGCUUAUUUAUGCACAUAUUGACCACAAUUACUGUAGUUUGAAAGCAAUUUAAAAUAUCAUAAAAAUGUUUCAUUGCGAGCGGCAUAGAAAAUAGAUGGAUGGAUGUUUCACUGCGCUUUAUUUUGAUAAACAUGCACCGGAAUCGCCAGUCUCCCUUGUUGGCACAUGCGCAUGUCUGACCAGAUCAAAGUAUGUGUCUUGUGUUGAUGUUCACUUUGUGCCUUAUUAUCGUGAGAAUUGACGACAGCUCAUCACAGGCAAAGCCAGCGUGUGUGAUCGCUGACGUUUCGAUCUCAUUCGACAUUGUGGCAUCUUUGUUUAUACUGUUCGCCUCUCGUUGGCAGCUGGCUGGCUCGAUUUUGUGAUGUGACGGGCGAACUAGUGGCUAUCAUGUUCAUGCUAACUUACUUUUAAAAGUCUCACUUAACAAUCUUGCUAUCAUUAUAAUACUUAUGGCUUGUAUUCAAACCACUACAAGUGUGUCUGAGUUGCUUUAGACAGUGAUGCUAUCACAGGGGUCUCCAACAGGUAGCUCGUAAGCCAGCAAAAGCCCACCAGCUGAUGUUGAGUAGUUCAAAGAAUAUUUGCUUCACCUCUUAGUAUUUUUAUAAGUGUUCUAUUCAGACAUGACGCCUGUAUUUAAUGACAAAUGAACACACUGUGCUUUGUAAAUUAAGUGCAUUUUCAAUGUUGUCAGUCACAUAAAACACAUAGCUCAGCUCUGCUUUCUUUUUGUCAAAGUAGUUUUACUGUAGUAGUGCUGCAAGUUGGAUACACCUGUGCUAUCAUAACCCUGAACUCAAUUUAUACUGUUUAUACAGGACACAUUUCUAUAACAAAAAUAUUCCAAUUCUUUUUUAUUUUGAACUAAAAAAAAUAUUCAACAAUUCAUUUCCCAUAUAUUCCCAUGUAUUCAUCUAAAACAGGCAUCAAAUUAAAUUUAGGCUUGUGUCAAAUAGUACAAAACGUUAAAGUCACAUAGUACUCUUGGACUAAAUGGGUCAGGUAACAAAAGGCGGCUCAACAUUUUAGACUCUAAGUGCUCUCAGCAGCCAUCCAUCCAUCUUCCACUGCUUAUCCGAGAUCGGAUCGUGGGGGCAGCAAGCCUAAGCAGGGAGGCCCAGAUUUUCCUCUCCCCGGCCACUUCGUCCAGCUCCUCCCAGUGAGUCCUGAGGCGUUCCCAGGCCAGUUGGGAAACAUGGCUUCGGGGAGGCCUUCUACCGGUCGGACUUGCCCUGGACACCUCCCCAGGGAGGCGUCCGGGAGGCAUCCUGACCAGAUGCCCAAGCCACCUCAUCUGGCUCCUCUCAAUGUGAAGGAACAGCGGCUCUACUCCGAGUCUCUCCUGGAUGACAGUGCUUCUCACCUUAUCUCUAAGGGAGAGCCCAGCCACCCUACGGAGAAAACUAAUUUCGGUCGCUUGCACCUGCGAUCUUGUCCUUUCGGUCACUACCCAAAGCUCAUGACCAUAGGUGAAGGUCGGAACGUAGAUCGACCGGUAAAUUGAGAGCUUUGCCUUUUGGCUCAGCUCCUUCUUCAGCACAGCGGAUCGAUGUAGGGUCCGCAUCACUGCAGACGCCGCACCAAUUCGCUUGUCGAUCUGGCAUCCUUCCCUCACUUGUGAACAAGACCCCGAGGUACUUAAACUCCUCCACUUGGGGCAGGAUCUCAUCCCAGACCCAGAGAUGGCACUCCUCCACUUUUCCGGACGAGAACCAUGGACUCGGACUUGGAGGUGCUGAUUCUCAUCCCGGCCGCUUCACACUUGGUUGCAAACCAAUCCAGUGAAAGUUGAAGUUCACGACUCGAUGAAGCCAGCAGGACCACAUCACCUGCAAAAAGCAGAGACCCAAUCCUGCAGCCACCAAACCGGAACCCCUCAACGCCCUGGCUGCACCUAGAAAUUCUGUCCAUAAAAGUAAUGAACAGAAUCAGUGGCAAAGGGCAGCCCUGGCGGAGUCCAACCCUCACUGGAAACGUGUCUGACUUAUUGCCGGCAAUGCGAACCAAACUCUGACACCAGUCAUACAGGAAACGAACAGCCUGAAUUAGCUGAUGAGAUACCUCAUACUCCCGGAGUACCCCCCACAGAAUUCCUCGAGGAACCCAGUCGAAUGCCUUCUCCAAGUUCUCCAAACUCCCAUGCACCCUCAAGGACCCUGCUGAUAGUGCAGAGCUGGUCUACAGUUCCACGACCAGGAUGAAAACCACACUGCUCCUCCUCAAUCCGAGGUUCAACUAUCCGGCGGAUCCUCCUCUCCAGAACCCCUGAAUAGACCAGCUCUCAGCAACAUUGCCAUUAAAUUAAAGGUUUUGCAGUGUUCUCCGUUCAUGUUCUGCUGGUUGUUGAAAAUGGUUAAAUAAGUCAUAAAAAUUAUUUGUCAUCAUUUUAAAAAAAUUGCAGACGCAGCAGCGGCAGCCCACCACCACAGCUUCAGAAAAUCCUAGAGGAAACUCGUUGCAUUACACUUUUAAGAUUUCAGCCUUGGUGGUCUGCACACUGCACUGUGGUCGUCAUAGCAUUGACAACAUCUCAUGGUGGCCCAAUACUUUUGUGACUUUUGAGAUGUUUUUUGCUGCUGAUUUAUACUGACAUGAAUUCUUGUUUUACCUCCAGUCUGUUUGUGUACUUCCUGUUUA